AUGUCUGAAGAAUCUACAAAGCCGCAAUGUGGCAGCCGCGCUGGCGAGGCUGCCGCUGAAUAUGAUGUUGCUCUCCAUGUGGCUGGCCUUUUUAUAAUUCUCACAGCCUCAUGCCUUGGUGCGGGUUUCCCGGUAGCUGCCAAAAAGAUUCCGUGGCUCAAGGUUCCGCCCAAAGUCUUCUUUGCAUGUAAACACUUUGGCACGGGUGUUCUUAUUGCAACGGCCUUUGUACAUGUAAGUGAAGUAAAUCGUGACUGUGGUCCCUCAGCUAACAGGGCAAAGCUCCUCCCAACCGCCUUUGGAAACCUGAUGGACCCCUGUCUCCCAGACCUCUUCACUGAGAAAUAUCCUCCAAUGCCUGGUGUCAUCAUGAUGGCGUCCAUGUUUGCACUCUUCGUUAUCGAGAUGUACCUCAACGCCAAAACAGGCGGCCACUCGCAUGGCGGUCCCACUGGCAAUGUCCUUGACCACCACCACAACCACCACCACCAGCCAACCCUGCAGCGGUCCGAUACUGGUUCUAGCGAGCGCACAUUGGCCUAUGACACUAAUUCCGAGGACAUCGAACUUGGAGAUAUAUCCAAGGGUGGUGUAUCGGCCAAAUCGGACAGCCUGGAGUCUUCACCAUAUAUUGACGACGACGGCAACCCAGUCUCAGCCCAGACCUACAAGAAGAUGUCCGCCAACAUUACCCUGCUGGAAGGCGGCAUCCUAUUCCAUUCGGUAUUUGUGGGCAUGACCAUCUCCAUUACAAUCGACGGAUUUAUUAUUCUUCUCAUUGCGCUUGUUUUUCACCAAGCCUUUGAGGGGUUGGGGCUCGGUUCCCGGAUCGCGGCUGUACCGUACCCGAAACGUAGUAUCCGCCCAUGGCUUCUCGUCUUCGCCUUUGGCACCACAGCGCCGCUGGGACAAGCCAUUGGCCUGUUUACAAGGAGCACCUAUGAUCCGCAAAGCGCCUUCGGCCUAAUCAUUGUCGGGGUUUUCAAUGCCAUUUCUUCUGGGCUGCUCAUAUAUGCCGCCCUAGUGGACUUGCUCGCCGAAGAUUUCUUGUCGGAGGAAGCGCAGAGAGUGAUGAGGAAAAAGGACAGGAUCGCAGCAUUCUGCUGGGUCCUUGCUGGAGGUACGUCAUUGUGUAGAGUAUGCCUGCCGACUGAAACGAAGCUAACGCUGCCAACGCAGCUGCCGGGAUGUCCGUGGUCGGCGCUUUUGCUUAGCCGGGGGAAACGUUGCGGUUCAUAUAAUCGCAGCCAUGAUUCACAUGAAGAAAAGAAAAAAGGGCGAUAUGACCAGACUAGAUUGACUCACUUUGGAAAGGGAACCUGCAGUGCUCAGAGUUAUAGCUCUAAAUGCGAAGAUAUCACCCUCCACUCCCGUGGCCGUAAAGGUGAAGGCUGUUGA